AUGUUUCUGGAGGAAGUAUUUGGUAGUUGUGCGGCCCUUUUCUCCAGUUUAAUCAUUCAAACACCGCCGAUAUCCCGAGAAAAUCUGCAAAGGGAAUAUGCGUUGAUAUCCGUGCCAAAUCCUGAACAAGACGAAGUAUACGAUGGCUUAAUACACCGUGAGUACGAACAAGAGGCACUGACCGAGGUGCCUUAUUAUGAAGAUGGAACGUUUGUUUCCAUGCAAGCUGACACAAGGCGAAAUUCCUUCGAAUCAUUUAUCCGAAGUUUGAAGGCAAAUAUCGGAUUAAUAACGGCGGUUGUUGUCAUAUUAGGUUCGCUUACAGUUGGAGUCGUCUACGUGGACUUGAAUUCAAAUGACGCAUGUAUAGAAUGGAUGCACAAAAAUCUUAGUGUUCCAGCGCACGUACAGAUAUUAUGGAUUGUUGGAAUGUCUGUCAAUUACUGCCGUUGUUUUCAUGGUUUCCGGCGUGCAUCGCCUUGUUGUGGGGUUUCAGAGAGUUCAAAAAGAACUACCUUGCGUGUUUAUUUUUCUGCGCGUUUGUACCACGAUCCAUAA